AUGAGCUCAGAUAUGUCAGAGGAACUGUUCACGCAGGUAGCCGCGGUCAAAGACUUGAAGCCAUCACUCAAGAUCUACGUUAGCGUGGGUGGUUGGACCUUCUCCGAUAACGACACGGUAACUCAGCCGUUAUUUGGCGAGAUUGCGGCGGAUGCAACGAAGCGUAGGACAUUUGCAAAUAAUACGCUAAAGAUUCUAAAUACCUAUGGAUUUGAUGGAAUCGACAUUGAUUGGGAGUAUCCUGGGGCGGGUGACCGACGUGGCAAGCCCAGAGAUACAGAUAACUAUGUCAAAUUGUUGGCCAAGUUAAGAAGCACAUUCAAUGCAUCGGGCCGAAAGCUUGGCAUAAGUUUUACAGCGCCUUCUUCGUACUGGUAUCUGAAAUGGUUCGACCUUCCAGGGUUGCUGAAGUACGCAGACUAG